GUGGGUGACAAUAUGGCCCUUCUGGCAUCACUUCAAGAUUCACCAUAUUUUGGCAGCUUUGCAGACCGUGCCAACGCUUGGGCGCAACGUCUAGCAGACUUGGACCACAAUCUGAAUGGUCUACAGGCGGUACAGCGACGAUGGAUAUAUUUAGAGCCCAUCAUAGGCAGAGGAGCUCUACCAAAGGAGGCUGCCCGAUUCUUGCAGGUCGAUGCGGAGUUUCGGAGACUCCUCAUGGCCAUAAAGGCAGAUAACAGAGUGGUCAGUCUGGUGGCUGGACAUCGUGCAAAUGCGUUGAAAGAGCAACUCACAAAUAUUCAGACAUGCGUAAGCUGGUGGCAUCUGAGCCUUCGUGCUUGCAACGGCCUGAAUGACGAGAACUGCCAACUGAACAGUUACAGAUUAUUGGACAAGGAAGCAAAACUCUCAGAUGCAUCUUGUUUACAAAAACUGAAUAUCCAUGCUCUCUUUGAACGCGUCUUCCUGAACUUUCCUGGAUAUUCAUUGACUGUUCUCAAGUCCAAGCAAAUGCUACAAAGCGGCUCCACAGACUCCGCAAUAGAGCUCAGUUUUCAAGAGACACAAAGCGGAUUUACAAGAAAACGGACUACUCGCAUGCCUCCCCCAUCAGUAGAUCAGCUGGCCCGUUGCCAGCGGGCUCUCAAUGAGUACUUGGAGGAAAAGCGAAGCGUGUUUCCUCGCUUCUACUUCCUCGGUGAUGAUGACUUGUUGGAAAUCCUCGGACAGGCUACUAAUCCGUCGGUUGUGCAAACCCAUCUUCGUAAGCUUUUCCAGGGUAUACAUCAUGUUCUGUUCGAAGUGGACGGAGACAAUCGUAGUAACGGAGCCCAAGUGAAGAAGUUGAAAGCUAUGUGUUCUUUGGACGGAGAAGUCGUGUGCCUGCAAAGACCAAUUCAGCUUACACCAGAAGUAGAACUUUGGCUUGGCCGAUUGGCAACCGGAAUGCAAGCCACUCUGAAUGAACUUCUCGCACAGUGCUUGGAUGCUGGUUCAAUCGAAAAUAGGCGAAAACAUUCGUUGGAUCCCAAUGCCUAUCCGGGUCAGAUUUUAACACUAGCUGAAGCUAUAAACUUUUCAAGGAAUGUGGAAGAAGCACUGAGUUGUGGACGGCUAAGUGUAUUGAAAAAAGAUCUCCAGGCUCAACUGGCUGCGUACACAUCCGUGGAUCUGAAUGCACUGAGGUCCACCGGUGCUUCUGCUGACAACUCACUAGACGACAACACAGUGACACAAACUGGUAACCUUGUGAUGGCUGCGAAACUCAGUACCCUUAUCCUGGACACUAUUCACAUGAUCGAUGUCGCUGAUCAACUCAUUCAAGCCGGGGCAGCUACCACACGUGACUGGGCUUGGCAACGUCAACUUCGUUUUUAUGGGGGCCCUUCUGGUAAAUCGUCAAGCCUCUCCGCCCCUCGAGUUUGCAUGGUGGAUGCCGAAUUUGUGUAUACUUUCGAGUAUCAAGGUAACGCCCGACGACUUGUUCAUACUCCUCUGACGGACAAAUGCUAUCUGACCUUGACUCAGGCUAUGCGGAUGGGGCUUGGAGGCAAUCCAUACGGCCCAGCUGGAACCGGAAAAACGGAAUCUGUCAAAGCACUUGGCGGACUAAUGGGACGUCAG